CGGGGCCGGAAGCCCGGCACUCUCGCGAGGCGGAGGCAGAGGGGAGCCGGGAGCUCUGUGCACUGUGGAGGUCGUUGGAGUCACUUCUUUGCUGCCAGCUCCUUCACCUGCCGGUCCGCGCCCCGCCUGCCCCAGCCAUGCUCUCCGCUCUCGCCCGGCCCGCCGGCGCUGCUCUCCGCCGCAGCUUCAGCACCUCGGCCCAGAAAAAUGCUAAAGUAGCUGUACUAGGGGCUUCCGGAGGAAUUGGGCAGCCCCUUUCGCUUCUCCUGAAGAACAGCCCCUUAGUGAGCCGCCUGACCCUCUACGACAUCGCUCAUACACCCGGAGUGGCCGCAGACCUGAGCCACAUCGAGACCAGAGCAACUGUGAAAGGCUACCUCGGACCCGAGCAGCUGCCAGACUGCCUGAAAGGGUGUGACGUGGUGGUUAUUCCGGCCGGAGUCCCCAGGAAGCCAGGCAUGACCCGGGAUGACCUGUUUAACACCAAUGCCACAAUUGUGGCCACCCUGACUGCAGCCUGUGCCCAGCAUUGCCCUGAAGCGAUGAUCUGCAUCAUCGCCAAUCCGGUUAACUCCACCAUCCCAAUCACAGCAGAAGUUUUCAAGAAACAUGGAGUAUACAACCCCAAUAAGAUCUUCGGUGUGACAACCCUGGACAUCGUCAGAGCCAACACCUUUGUUGCCGAACUGAAGGGUUUGGAUCCAGCUCGAGUCAGCGUCCCUGUCAUCGGUGGCCAUGCUGGGAAGACCAUCAUCCCCCUGAUCUCUCAGUGUACCCCCAAGGUGGACUUCCCCCAGGACCAGCUGACAACGCUCACGGGGCGUAUCCAGGAGGCCGGCACGGAGGUGGUGAAGGCCAAAGCUGGAGCAGGCUCUGCCACCCUGUCCAUGGCAUAUGCUGGUGCCCGGUUCGUCUUCUCCCUUUUGGAUGCAAUGAACGGAAAGGAAGGAGUUGUUGAAUGUUCCUUUGUUAAGUCACAAGAAACGGACUGUACCUAUUUCUCCACGCCGCUGCUGCUGGGGAAAAAAGGCAUUGAGAAGAACCUGGGCAUUGGCAAAAUCUCCUCUUUCGAAGAGAAGAUGAUCGCCGAGGCCAUUCCUGAGCUGAAAGCCUCAAUCAAGAAAGGAGAAGACUUUGUGAAGAACAUGAAGUGAGAAGCACUUGAGAGCAGCCAGUUUCCUUAAUUUAUUAAGGCAUCAUGUCACUGUAAAACCAUGUCAGAUACCUUUGUAUUUUAAUUCAUUUUGAUGAUAAUUAUUAAUGCAUCAUCCCUUCCAAAUGGUGGGUGGGUCUGUUGGCGCGUCAAUAAAAGCAGUCUUUGAUUUCCUCUUUCAAGGCCCCAUCUAUAAAUGGUGUGCUUUCUCCCCUAUGAAAGCUGACUUCAGUGUCUGUCACCCCUUUUCAUUACAAAGCAGAACUAGAUAUAAUCUAACUAUUAGACUGAAGCAUUGUGGUUUCUUCAGUAGCUUCAAGAGAGUCUAAAAUGUUUAUUUCUGAAAUAGGACAAAAUAUUCAGUUUCUCAGUACCUGCUGCUCCCAGCCCUUCUCUACACACCGUUGCAUCACUCAGGUGUGUAAACUGGAAAAGGGUCAACUCUUGAGUCCUUGGGGUUGUUUGCCCUCAUGGGGUCAUAGUUCAGCAGUUAAUGCUCGGCCAUUUUCUGUCCCUAAUUUUGUGUUGUGUUUUCUGGCUAAGCAUGUAGCUGCCUUGGCUGACCUCUGACCCCCUCUGAAUUUCACCUGUGACUGAGCCGUGAUGUUCAGUGACAGAACUCACAGCCGGAGCUGUGAGGAAAGUGGGUAGGGGCUGUACACGGACACCCAAGACUCGGGCUGCUGUGUCAACACUGUGCUAUCUGCCGUGGAAGGGGCAGGGUUUUCUUCAGUGGCUUACAGAAAGGGCUUUGUUGGAUUGAGGGGUGGGGAAUUAAGAAGAGAUUUGGCUCCCUCUGGGGGCAGUCUGUUCCCCAGCAGUGGCCUCUGGAGUAGAAACUACUUGAGCAGCAGGUGGUGACCUUCCAUUGUAGGGCGGAAGUGGGAAGGAGGUGGCGGUAUGCCCAGUGCAUAGAUGCUGAUUUACCCACAAGAGCUUUUUUUUGAACUAAAACUGAGAUGAAUUUUACCAUAAAGGAUGACAUCAUUGCUUUCUUAUAAGAAUAAACAUGUUCACUGUAUAAAACCUAAAAGUAGCUAAAAAAUAAAGCAAGAAAGUAAUCACUGCUAA